CGCUGCUACUCGUAACAUGCAACACAUCCAUACAGUAUGAAGCCCUAUGGGCCACAGAGGCGCUAGGAAAAUCACGGAGCUGGGACCUUACCACCUCUCUCUCCCACUCUCUCUCCCUCUCUCUCUCUCUCUCUCUCUCUCUUUCUCUGGCCGUCAGCGGACUCCUUUCUCUGCACACGUCCUUCUCUGAAAUGUGUGUGUGUACGUGAAAGAGAGAGGAGGACUAAGUGUGUGUGUGCGUGUGAGGGUGCAUGUCCGGAGCAAGUAAAGGCAGGGGGAUUAUUCGGCGCUAUCGAAAUAUUUCAACACGUCGCCCUUGGUGCAGGACUCAAGCCAAUAAGAAGGAACGCAUUUUAACAGGAAUGCCGAUAUUGUAAACAGCAGCAGAAGAGAAAGAAUGCACUGCAGUCAAUUAAGUGACUCACCCGGGCCGGUUUAAUUCGACUAAUGUCCGCAAGCCAGCGAGACACAAAAAGGUGUCCGAUGCGCGUCAACCUCUGAAGAAAAUCGGUCUCACAGCACUUCUGAAGCAUAAUGGAGAACAUUUUUACAUUUCUCUUUGCAAAGUUUUGAUCAAGAUCCAGCAAACGACCGCAGAGAUUUCCCAUCAACUUGGAAAAAAAUAAAGUGGAUGUUUAUUUCUGCAGAGGUGAAGGAGGAAUUUCCAGAGCUUGCCAACUUCAGCUGAUUUUUUUUCCUCCCCGCUUUGUUUUUAAUUUGUCCUCGUUUGCUCUUCUUGUACGCAGGCUUCUCCGUUGUUAGAAAUACGGUUUCACAUUCAACCAGUUGUCUACAUUUGUUGCCUGCACUUGGAUGAACUUCCUGAUGAGAGAUCCAGUCAUACAAGGAUCAAGUAUGGCAUAUCAUCCGUUUAUACCUCACCGGGGUCCGGAAUUUGCCAUGAGUGCAAUGCUGGGUCACCAGCCUCCUUUCUUCCCGGCUCUGGCGCUCCCUCACAGCGGCUCCCUCUCUCUGCCGGGCGCCCUGGGAAAGCCGAUCAUGGACCAGCUGAUGGGAGCCGCAGAGACCGGCCUGCACUUCUCUUCGCUGGGACACCAGGCUGCGGCCGCCCACCUCAGGCCUCUGAAGACUCUGGAGCCUGAGGAGGAGGUGGAGGACGACCCCAAAGUUCACCUGGAAGCCAAGGAGCUUUGGGAACUUUUCCACAAGAGGGGCACCGAGAUGGUGAUCACAAAAUCCGGAAGGCGGAUGUUCCCCCCGUUCAAAGUGAGGUGCACCGGUCUGGACAAGAAGGCCAAAUAUAUUCUCUUGAUGGAUAUAGUAGCAGCCGACGACUGCAGGUACAAAUUUCACAACUCCCGCUGGAUGGUGGCAGGGAAGGCCGACCCCGAAAUGCCAAAGAGGAUGUACAUUCACCCGGACAGUCCGGCUACUGGUGAACAGUGGAUGUCAAAAGUCGUCAAUUUUCACAAAUUGAAGCUGACAAAUAACAUCUCCGACAAGCAUGGAUUUGUAAGUUCAGCUAAUACCAUACUUAACUCGAUGCACAAAUACCAGCCUCGAUUUCACAUCGUGAGGGCCAACGACAUUCUCAAACUCCCGUACAGUACCUUCAGGACCUACGUUUUCCCUGAAACGGAUUUCAUCGCCGUGACUGCUUAUCAAAAUGACAAGAUAACCCAGCUGAAAAUCGACCAUAAUCCAUUUGCCAAAGGAUUCCGUGACACGGGCAAUGGACGACGGGAAAAGAGGAAACAGCUGGCUCUGCAAUCCAUGCGUUCGUACGAGGAGCAGCAGAAAAAGGAGAACGGGGCUUCAGACGACUCUUCUGGAGAGCAGGCUUCCUUUAAGUGUUUCGGCCAGGCCUCGUCCCCUGCCGUGUCUACCGUGGGCCCCCCACACCUGAAAGAUUAUUGCGACAGCGAUGACGACAGCGACGAUGAGAGCAAAGAUGGACACAUGAAAGAUGGUCCUGACUCCAGCAAGAUUUCCACGACUACGGAGGACGGGAAGGAUCAUGAGGCGAGCCCAGCUAAGGGGCAUCCCUUUAGUAACAGUGACACUACUAGCAGGAACCGCGACAGCGGACCAAGGACUGAGAAAAGUCAGGCAGACUCACGACAGAGCCCCAUCACCGUCAUCUCCAGCACCACCCGCUCUGGAGAAGACCUCAAGAGUCCAAGCCUGGACCAGCCCAAAACGGACGAGUGCAGGCCUUUAAGCAAAGACAGUUUCUUGCCUUUGACUGUUCAGACUGACAGCCCGCACAUAGGCCACAGCCACUUGCAUAAUUUUGGAUUUCCGACGGGCCUAACAGGACAACAGUUUUUCAAUCACCUUGGGAGCGCACAUCCGUUUCUCUUGCACCCCAGUCAGUUCAACGUGGGGGGUGCGUUCUCAAACAUGGCCGCGGGCAUGGGGCCACUAUUGGCAGCUGUGUCCACGGGAGGCGUGAGCACUAUGGACACAACUAGCAUGGCAUCACCCCCGCAAAGUUUGACGGGAGCGCCGGGCCUGCCCUUUCAUCUGCAGCAACAUGUCUUGGCAUCGCAGGGCAUCGCCAUGUCUCCCUUUGGUAGUUUGUUCCCCUAUCCGUACACGUACAUGGCAGCAGCCGCGGCAGCUUCCUCCGCUGCCUCCUCUUCUGUGCACCGACACCCCUUCCUGAACGCAGUGCGCCCCCGACUCAGGUACAGCCCCUACUCCCUCCCCAUGACGGCACCGGACAGCACCCUGCUCACCACCGGCAUGCCCUCCAUGGCCGGCAGCGGGGCCGAGCUGAAAGGGGACGACAUCGUCCCGGCCAGCCCCGUGUCUGCUGUCACCCUGGAUUCCACAUCGGAGGUGACCAGCCACUCGUCCACCAUAUCCUCCGGCUCGGUUUCCAUAUCCCCAAAGACAUGCACGGAGAAAGACGCCGCCAACGAGCUGCAGAGCAUCCAGCGCCUGGUCAGUGGACUCGACUCAAAUCAGGACAGGCCAAGGAGCGGGUCCCCCUAGGAGCUAAGGAGUUGUUGUUUUUUGUUGUUGUUGUUGUUGUUGUUUUGUUUUUUAAGAAACACACCACCUGCUUCUCAUUUCGUUGUUGUCAUGAAAAGUGUUGACGGUGAUAAAGACAGUAGGAGGACACGCCCUCGUAGAUUCACGCAGGUUUCAAAAUGAGAAAAAAAACAAACAAACAAACAAAAAACUAAAAACACGUGAACUGUUGGACGUUUUAGUUUCUGAAAUGCACUUUGGUUAAUACACAUCUGAUAUGUAUUUUUCUCUCUCUCUCUCUUUUUUCCCCUUUAUGUUAAAUUAAACAACACUUUUAUCUUGUCAUUUUAAUACCGUACAAGUAUUGAAACUGAAAAGUUGGCAUGGGUGUGACUUACAGAUUUUAGGAGAAGUUGCUGCUCUGUCCUGUCUCCUAACUUUAUUGUACACGAGGAUAAAUGUGUUUUAAUAUGCACUCUGAAUUGAUUUGACUUAUUUGAAUUCACUACCGUUUAAGCCUACCUUAGAAAAGACUGCUGUAUUUUGUUAUAUACAAUUAAUUGACUUAUUGGCCAAAUGUUGCAUGCCCCCUAAAACCCCCAACGGAUGUUAAUUUCUCCAAAAAAAACAAAAAAAAAGGAAAAAAAAAAACCUGAAUCGAAAACUAUGAAAAAAAUAUUCUGUUCUGAGUAUAAUUAACACACUCCCUUUGCUUACGUUUCUUUUUAAUUAGGUUUAAAGGUUUUUCAAACAAAAGUUGUUUUUCUUCAUGCCUUUUUUUUUUAUAUUGAGGAAAGGCGUGAUAUUACUGGUGCUACGGGACACAACUACGACCCAAGCAUGCGGAAUUUAGCCCAAAUGUCCAACAGGCAAAAGGAAGCAGAAAUUGAAAUAUUACAAAAUAAUGAAAGGUAGUAUUGAUUAAAGGUGUACAUAAGGAUAUAUAAAAUAUUUAUGUAAUUAUUUCAUAUUGUUAUUGCGUGUAAAUACAACUGAGUAGUUUGUUUCUAGGCAUCUGUUCUUAAUUUAUUGUCGAUAUACCUGUGUAAAAAUAGUUUGUGGGCUAUUAUCCUUUUGUUGCCAUCUGCAUUUAUACCCCUCUUAAAAUAUGAACUUUAUUCGUUCCCAAAUAUCCACUAAGCUAGUUAUUCACACUCAUGUGCCAUUGUAUUUUCAUUUGUUGUCCCGUGUGUGAAGUGCUACUGUUUAAAACGAAUGAAAAAGCGACAACGCACUGCACCAAUGGCUUGAAAAUAAAUAUUCUUUUUUUUUUUUUUUUUUUUUGAGAAGAGCAAAACAAGUAUCGUUUAAGUGUGACAAAAGUGGACUAAUUUUUUUUUCUUCCUGUUAUUAAAAUACUUUGCGAACCUGAUCGUAAAAGUGCCGCAUAAUCGAAAAUAUGAAGGUUUCUUUUGUGUUUCUUAAGUUGUCAGUGGGUUAUGUUGUAUUGGAGUUGUCUAGUUUACGACAUCGACAUCGUGUUCUUGAAAGUUUCAAUAAAAUAUUGAAAUGCCA